UUGACAUUGAGCUGACACUUGAAUUUUUAUCAAAAAGAAAAACUGAAAUCGAAAAUCGACUAGUAUUUUGUGUUUAGAAAAAUGGCAGACAUUUUAUCGGAAAUAGUCCAACCAGAGGAUUUAAAGAAAUUCGAAAAAAUUUACCACGAACAGCUGUAUAAAAACGACGUGACUCCCAAAGCGCAAUUCGAGUAUGCCUGGUGUUUGGUUCGAAGCAAAUACCCGGCUGAUAUUCAAAAGGGCAUCAUGCUUUUAGAGGAAUUGUAUAAAACGCACGAGGAGGGUCAGAGGGAUUACCUAUAUUAUUUAGCUAUCGGUAGUGCUAGGUUAAAAGAGUAUUCUAAGGCCUUAAACUAUGUAAGGUCGUUUCUUUCCAUAGAACCAGGAAACCAGCAAGUGGUUAGUCUGGAGCAAACUAUUAAGAAGAAAAUGGAAAAAGAAGGACUCGUAGGUAUGGCCAUGACAGGCGGUAUUGUACUGGCUGUUGGCGCUAUCGUCGGUGUCGGUAUGGCGAUUGCUAGUAAGGCAAAAUCAUAGUUAGUUCUGGAUUAUUUUAAUUCGUCUUUAUUUAUGUACAUACAUCAUAAGGCUCCUCGAAAUUGUGGUGUCUUCGAUUAAAAUUAAUUUAGAUUUAUGAGGAUAGAAUUCUUUUUUUUUAGUCAAUAUUCGAAAUUCAUAUAUUUAUUACCAAAGCAAACAAUUUUCCUCCAUUGUAGCUGGGUUUUUCCGUUCCUUCUUGUGUAGUAACUGAUAUUGUAAUGUUAUUUGUAUCCAUAUCAUGUAUGUUUUAGAUUAAUGUAUACUUCAAUAAACGUUUAAGAAUUGUUAUACUUUUGAUUAAAUUAUUGGUUUACAUAUUAAUUUAUGUUACUGUUUUAAAUAAAAUUCUAUUUUUACUAUUUUCUUUUAAGUAGGAUUUCAAAUAUAUUUGAUUUUAUACAAUAUUGUUUUUAUUGUAACAAAAAAAUAUAAAAAUUACAACUAUCAAGUAUACAUAUAAAAUAGAUAAAUACAAAACUAGCGGUUAACAUUUAUAAACAGACACAAGCACGUACAAAUGACAUCUACAAUUGCACAUCACCGAAAAAUUGACUCUGGCGUUUCUUAGGCGCUCUCCUUAAACUACCGAGAAUAUUGAGCAUUUCAGAAACCGCCUUCGGUUGUUCUUUGUUCUCCUUCUUCUCCUUUUCCUUCUUCGCCUUCCUCAACGUAAACUGGCCGGAUUUAAUCGCGUUUAUUAUGUCCUCGUUAACCCCAGGAGCAGGUGGUUUCUUCUCUUGCGCAAUAUUUUC